AAAAUCUUUUUCCUUUUCUCUCCACAUCCUCAGUUAAUCUCUAUUUUUCUUUUUACUUUGUCUUUGUUUGUUUGUUCAAAAUCCAUGGCAGGUGAUCUUCCUGAAGCUGUGAAAAAAGAGGAGAAAGAAGUGAAGGUGAAAAUCAUAGGCAAAACCCAUGUCAAACCCAACAAAAAACUGGGUACAAAACACUACCAAUUGGUCACAUUUGACCUCCCUUAUCUUGCCUUCUACUACAACCAAAAGCUCAUCCUCUACGGGGACAAUGGGGGGGAGGUGAAGUUCCCUGAGACGGUGGAGAAGCUGAAGGAUGGUCUGGAGAUGGUUCUUGAGCCAUUCCAUCAGCUUGCUGGGAGGUUGGGUAAGGAUGAGGAUGGGAUUUUUAGAGUGGAGUAUGAUGAUGAUAUGGAAGGCGUAGAGGUGGCCGAAGCUGUCGCCGAGGAUGUGGGUUUAGCCGAUUUGGUGGCAGAGGAAGGCACGGCUACACUCAAGGAGCUGAUUCCAUACAAUGGGAUCCUCAACUUGGAAGGUCUCCAGAGGCCAUUGUUGGCUGUUCAGAUAACCAAGCUUAAGGACGGAAUCGCAAUGGGAUGCGCGUUCAAUCACGCCGUACUCGAUGGAACCGCCACGUGGCACUUUAUGAGCUCAUGGGCUGAGGUCUCCCGUGGGGCUCAAGACAUAUCCGUCCCUCCAUUUCUCGAGCGCACCAAGGCGCGCAACACACGAGUAAAACUCGACAUAUCCCCUCCGCCACCGCAACCCGCAUCCGCCAAUGGCGAUUCCACGGCCCCGCCUCCGAAACCGCUAAAGGAGAAGGUCUUCAAAUUCACAGAAACAGCCAUUAACAAGAUCAAAUCAAAAGUGAACUCAGCAAAUCCACCAAAACCGGACGGCUCAACUCCAUUCUCCACUUUCCAAUCACUCUCCGUCCACAUAUGGCGUCACGUCACACAGGCCCGAAACCUGAAGCCGGAAGACAUCACCGUCUUCACCGUUUUCGCAGACUGCCGUAAACGCGUGGAUCCGCCAAUGCCGGAGAGCUACUUCGGAAACCUAAUCCAAGCGAUAUUCACCGGGACUGCCGCUGGAUUACUACUGAUGAAUCCGGCGGAAUUCGGGGCUGGAGUGAUCCAAAAGGCAAUCGUGUCACACGACGCAGCGGCGAUCGAUCAAAGGAACAAAGAAUGGGAGAGUGCGCCGAAGAUCUUCGAGUUCAAGGACGCUGGAAUGAACUGUGUGGCGGUGGGGAGUUCACCGAGAUUUAAAGUGUAUGAGGUGGAUUUUGGAUGGGGAAAACCGGAGAGCGUGAGGAGUGGAUGUAAUAAUAGAUUUGAUGGGAUGAUGUAUCUGUAUCAAGGGAAGAAUGGAGGAAUCGAUGUGGAGAUAAGCUUGGAGGAAGAAGCUAUGGCGAGGCUGGAGAAGGAUAAGGAGUUUGUUUUGGAGAUUUAGGUUUUUGUUUUCCCAAGUGAUUUGAAUAAAGUGGAAGAGGACAGAAUUUGGGGUUUUGAAUUUCUUGGGGAAAUAUUGCUUUUUAUAAUGUUAUUUACAUUAUGUGACCCUUUUUUUUUC